UGUGGAAACUGCUUACUGCUUAUUAUUUAACUUGCCGAAGCUGGUGCAGAACGCAAGAGGCGACUGCCUGAUUGGUGGAAAAUGUAUAUAACGAAGCUUAUUCUCGAUGGCUUCAAAUCGUACGGUCGCCGUACUGUAAUCGAGGGUUUCGAUCCGGAGUUCACAGCGAUCACGGGCUUAAAUGGGUCAGGAAAGUCAAAUAUAUUGGACGCAGUUUGUUUUGUGCUUGGAAUUAGCAACUUGCAAAAUGUACGUGCCUCUGCUCUGCAAGAUUUGGUUUAUAAAAACGGCCAAGCGGGUAUCACAAAGGCAACGGUGACAAUUGUUUUCGACAACACGAAUGCGGCCCAGUGUCCACAAGGAUAUGAGAAGUGCCGGGAAAUCUCGGUGACCCGUCAAGUGGUUGUUGGUGGCAAGAACAAGUUUCUCAUCAACGGCAAGCUGGUGCAGAAUAAGAAGGUGCAGGACUUUUUCUGCUCCGUGCAGCUAAACGUUAACAAUCCGAACUUCCUUAUAAUGCAAGGCAAAAUAAACCAAGUACUCAAUAUGAAGCCUAAGGAGGUGUUAUCUAUGGUUGAAGAGGCAGCCGGCACUAGCAUGUAUAAAUCGAAACGCGAUGCCAGCAAGACGCUUAUUGAGAAGAAGGAGAUGAAAGUGCGCGAAACGACGGCCCUGUUGGAAGAGGAGGUGCAGCCCAAGUUGGACAAGCUCCGCAAAGAACGCGCUGCCUACCAGGAGUAUCAAAAGACAUGUCGCGAUAUCGAGUUUCUCACUCGUAUACAUAUAUCUGCGCAGUAUCUGCAGCAAAGGGAGGCCUUGAAAUCUGUGGUAAUUAAGGAGCAAAAGAUAGAAGCGCAUAUUGACAACUGCCGGAGCACGCGUGCCAGUAACAUCGAAGAAAUUCAAAAGAUCGAAGAGUCGGUGAAAGAGAUUCAACACCAGGUUGAUGCUGAAAUGGGCGGUGCUCUCAAGGAUCUGGAGACGGAGCUAACAGCUAAGCAAGCUGUUCAGGCCACCACUUCGGGGAGUCUAAAGGCUGCCCAGGGUACAAUUGGGCAGGACGAAAAGAAGAUACGAAUGGCAGCCAAGAACAUUAGCGAUGACGAGGGUGCUCUGGCCAAGAAACAGUUUGAUAUGUCCAAGGUGCAGGGUGAGUUUCAAAGUCUAAAAGAUGCGGAUAUAAACGAUGCCCAGGCAUACGAGAAGGCCCAGCGCAAAUUUGAGGCAGUCUCCCAGGGCUUGUCCACCAACGAGGACGGGCAGGCAUCAACAUUGCAGGAACAGCUGAUCGUUGCGAAACAGCAAUUGAGUGAGGCACAGACAACCAUCAAGACAUCCGAAAUGGAGUUGCGACACACACGCACAUUACUCAAGCAGAAGGAGAGCGAAACCCAAUCCAAUGAUGCAGCAUACAUUAAGGACAAAAAUCUCCAGGAAAACCUUGAGGCUGAGAUUAGGAAAUUGGAGGGCAAGAUGGGGCAACUCAACUAUGAAAAUGGUAAAUACGAGGAAUUGAAGCAGCGUAGACAUGAGCUUCAACAGGAAAUACGUGAACUAAAGCGGGAAUUAGACCGUCGGAAUGCUUCUCGCUAUGACCUGCAAUAUCAAGACCCAGAGCCGAGAUUUGAUAGACGAAAGGUGCACGGCAUGGUGGGAAAACUUUUCAAUGUAAACGACAUGCAAACCUCCAUGGCAUUGACAACUACGGCCGGUGGCAGUAUGUAUAGCUAUGUUACGGAUGACGACGUUACAAGCAAAAAGAUUCUGCAAAAAGGAAAUCUACAGAGACGCGUCACUCUGAUACCCAUCAAUAAGAUUACGCCACACGCUUUGGACAAAAAUGUUAUUGACUAUGCACAGGCUAAGUACGGCAAGGAGAAUGUUAAUUGGGCAUUGUCGCUUAUAAAAUACGAUAAAUACUUUGAGCCAGUCAUGAAGUUUGUUUUUGGCGGCACACUCAUUUGCAAGGACUUGGAUGUGGCGAAAAAGGUUACUUACGACAAUCGUGUCAAGUGCCGCUCUGUAACGCUGGAAGGUGAUGUGGUAGACCCGAAUGGCACGCUUUCUGGUGGCGCUGCUCCCAAAGGCGCUAAUAUAUUGGAGGAGCUAUACUCUAUUAAAAAGUACGAAAAUGAAAUAGCAGACAAGCAGGCCGAACUAAAACAAGUCGAAGAAGAGUUGGUUGUCAUUGAAAGAAUAGCGCAUACCUAUAAUUCGCUAAAGGAGAGCUUUGACUUGCGCCAGCACGAAUUGACAAUGUGUAAGACCCGCUUGGCCAACACAGCCUUCCAGCAGAACCAGGCCGAAAUCGAGGAGAUGAAGGAAAAGGUCAAGUCGUUGGAGGAACAAAAUUCGUCGUCGCGAGAAAAGCAAAAGACAGCUCAAGUGAAGGUGAAGGACAUCGAGGCAAAGCUUUCCGAUGCCAAAGGAUAUCGCGAACGUGAGCUGAAGGCGGCGAGCGCUGAAAUGAAGGAGGCCAAGCAAAGAGCGGAAAAGUCACGGGCGAACUGGAAGAAGCGUGAGCAAGAGUUCGAGACCCUUCAAUUGGAAAUAACAGAGUUGCAGAAAAGCAUCGAAACAGCAAAGCAACAGCAUCAGGAAAUGAUUGAUAAUCUCAAAAAAUAUAAAACUGAGCUAGAAGAACUACAGCAACGCAGUUCGACAGCGGCAAACGAAGUGGCAGAAUUGGAGCGGGAAAUUAAGGUACAGAAGGACAAACUGAAUUCCCAAAAUAAGGAAAUGAAAGUAUUAUGUGCCAAGAGGGAUAAAAUGGAGAAGCAGAAUGAGGAAUUGGAAUUGGAAAUAAAAAAGAAAGAAACAGCAAAAAAUAAGAUUACUAAGGAGGCACAAGAUGCCAAGAACCGAAUGGAAAACCUGGAAGAAAAAUAUCCGUGGAUACCAGAAGAGAAAAAUUGCUUUGGAAUGAAAAACACUCGUUAUGACUACUCUAAAGAGGAUCCCGUUGAAGCAGGAAAUAAAUUGCAUAAAAUGAUGGAGAAAAAGGAUAAAAUGGAACGCUCGCUAAAUAUGAAUGCAAUGAUGAUACUGGAGCGGGAAGAGGAAAAUUAUGAACAGGCGCUGCGACGUAAACAAAUCGUGGCCAUGGACAAGGAAAAAAUAAAAAGUAUUAUAGUUAAAAUGGAUGAGGAGGAGACAGAACAGGUGCGCAAGGCAUGGAGCGAAGUUAACGAGAAUUUCAGUGGCAUAUUCAGCUCAUUACUGCCUGGCGCCCAAACCUGCCUUCACCCGGUUAUGACAAAUGGAAUAUUGAGCGGUCUGCAAAUAAAAGUUGGAUUCAAUGGCGUGUGGAAAGAAAGUCUUGGUGAGCUGUCUGGUGGUCAAAAGUCUUUGGUCGCCCUCUCCCUAGUACUGGCCAUGUUAAAGUUCUCCCCAGCACCGCUAUACAUUUUGGAUGAGGUGGACGCAGCUCUUGAUAUGUCUCACACACAAAAUAUUGGCAGCAUGCUGAAAGAGCACUUUACGGCCUCGCAGUUUUUGAUUGUGUCCCUUAAGGAUGGUCUCUUCAAUCAUGCCAAUGUCCUUUUCCGCACGCUUUUCGAAGAGGGCGUCUCAAGCGUUUCACGACAAGUUAGUACCCGCAAGCGCUGAAAUCUUUAUAAUUGUAUUGUUUUUUAUAACUUAACUUAAUAAUGUAAGCUUGAGAAACCGAGAAUAAAAUAAACAAACCAGA